AUGAACGGCUGCAGUGUUCACGGCAGCAGCAGCGCCGCCCAUCCUUCAGGAGGCAAGAAGCGCUCUGAUCCAUCAGCGUCAGCCGCACGGCGCUGGAGUGGCGCCGUUGUCGGUGUCAGAGCCUUGACACACAACGCCUUUACUCCUGCUAGCGCCUUUACUCCUAUCCCGCUCCAUGCUAGCGCCUUUACUUCUCUCCUGCUCCCUGAUAGCACCUUUACUCCUUUCUCACUCCCUGCUAGCGCCUUUACUCCUCUCCCGCUCCUAGCUGCUAGCACCUAUACUCCUCUCCCGCUCCCUGACAGCGUCUUUACUCCUCUCCCGCUCCUAGCUGAUAGCGCCUUUACUCCUCUCCCGCUCCCUGACAGCGUCUUUACUCCUAUCCCGCUCCUAGCUGAUAGCGCCUUUACUCCUCUCCCGCUCCCUGACAGCGUAUUUUCUUCUCAACCGCUCCCUGCUAACUCCUUUACUCCUCUCCCGCUCCCUGAAAGCGCCUUUACUCCUCUCCUGCUCCGUGCUAACGCCUUUACUCCUCUCCCGCUCCCUGACAGCGCCUUCACUCCUUUCCCACUCCCUGCUAGCGCCUUUACUCUUCUCCUGCUCCGUGCUAACGCCUUUACUCCUCUCCUGCUCCGUGCUAGCGCCUUUACUCCUCUCCCGCUCCCUGACAGCGCCUUCACUCCUUUCUCACUCCCUGCUAGCGCCUUUACUCCUCUCCUGCUCCGUGCUAACGCCUUUACUCCUCUCCCGCUCCCUGACAGUGCCUUCACUCCUUUCCCACUCCCUGACAGCGCCUUUACUCAUUUCCUCUUCCAUGAUAGCGUCUCUACUCCUCUUUCGAUCCCUUUUAGCUCCUUUACUUAA